AUAAUUAAUUUUCAAUAUCUCCUAGCUAAAGAUUACAAAAAACUAGAAAGAGAACAAAAUGUGUAGAAAGUGGUCCUAAUUUAGCCUACCAUAGAGAUGAUAAAGGCAAUAUCAAUAAUCAAUUCAAUUCAUACAAUCCUCACCCACCUUCUUCAAACAAACACCAACUCUAGUACACCCUAAUUAUUCCUUACCAUAAUUCAUAAACUCACUUACGUACAUACAUACAUACCCAUUACCCAAUAACACUAUCAAAAUCUUGUGCCCAAAAAUGAAAGGACUUAACUUAAACUUAAACAUAAAUGUACCAUCCUGUACUUCAGAUGAUUCAACUUCCAUAAUCUCUUCAACCAUGGAUCAACUUUUACCAUCUUCAUCUUCGUCUUCAUCUUCAUCCUCUCUCGUUACAGGAACUCGAGCCCUUGAUCGACACAAUCCAAUCAUAACUGAUGAAAAAAGAAGUGGGUUUAGUAGUUGUACUAGUACUCCUUUAAGGACUCCUUGUACAAAUAGUGUCCUACAAAAAAAACCCACUACCCCAAUUACACCACUAAGUACCCUUAAAAAGAAGGGUAGUAUUAGUAGUAAACUUCCUACAUUGACUAGAAAAACUAGUAAGAAAAGUAUUGUGAUAGAGGGUGGUGAUGAUGAUCAUGGUAAUAAGAGUGGAAGAAAGAGCGUUUCUAAGCCGUCUGAUUUGAUCAUGAAAUCAGCAGUAUGUAAUAAUAUUAGGCCCGGCGUAGAUUAUAUUAGUCCACCUGAAUCAUCUAGGUAUUUAUUGGAUGAUACUUCAUUUCUCCAAGUUUUAUCUGAUUUUGAUCCUGUUUUGAAGCUUCGUGAUUCUAAUAAUAUUAAUCAUAAUGUUGAAGUUCUUAAGUCUGAGAAUUCUAAACCUUUUAAAUCUUCCUCCUCCACGGGAUCUUCAGACCAGGUUGUGGUUUUGAGGGUAUCACUGCACUGCAGAGGUUGUGAAAGAAAAAUGAAAAAGCAUCUCUCAAGAAUGGCAGGUGUAACAUCAUUCAACAUAGAUUUUGCAGCAAAGAAGGUAACAGUGGUAGGAGAUGUAACACCAUUACAAGUUUUAUCAAGCAUUUCCAAGGUCAAGACUGCCCAAUUGUGGAUACCUCCAAUGGCAUCUUCUUCUCAGCUCAACUCAAGAAGCAUGCAACACCUUAAAAAAUAGUCAACUCUAAAUUUGAAAAUUGCCUUUAAAUUAAAUUCUAGUUGGAAUUUAAUAAAAUUAUUUUAAAAUUUGUAGAUUCAUGGAUUUUUAUAGUGUUAUUAGCUGUGCUUGCUAGUUGCAACAAUUUUAUUAGGUUUGAUCCAUUUUGUUUUUAUUUAAGACUAAUUUAUAAGGUUGUGUUAAUUAUCAGUUUUCUUUUAUGCUUAGGUAUUUUGUAUAAAAAUAAAUGUACUCAAUGACAUGUUUGAGAUUUUUUUAACUUCCUUUCAAGAGUAAUAUAAUCGCUCGUUGAAAUUUA